AUGGAAGCAACAAUUCUUCUCCCCCUGCUCUCUCUGAUCUGCCUCUCCUUCCUCAAAGGAGCACGGCCUGCGACGUUCACAGUGAAGAACAACUGCGGCUAUACCGUGUGGCCGGGCAUCCUCUCCAACGCCGGCGUGGCGCCGCCGUCCACCACCGGCUUCGCGCUCUCCCCGGGCGAGUCCCGUGCCGUGGAGGUCGCCGAUGGCUGGUCCGGCCGCAUGUGGGGCCGCACGCUCUGCGUGCAGAGCUCCUCCUCUGGCGCCGGCUUCGCCUGCGCUACCGGUGACUGCGGCUCGGGCACAGUCGAAUGCUCCGGCCGCGGAGCCGCCCCGCCGGCCACUCUUGCCGAGUUCACGCUCGCUUCCAUCGGAGGCGACGACUUCUACGACGUGAGCCUCGUCGACGGCUUCAACGUGCCGGUGCUGGUCGCGCCGGCGAACGGGAGCUGCCCGGCCACAGACUGCCCCGCCGACCUGAACGCGCAGUGCCCGCCGGAGCUGCGCGUCGUCGUGGCCGGCGCGGCGGUGGCGUGCCGGAGCGCGUGCGAGGCGUUCGGGACGGAGGCGUACUGCUGCAGCGGCGCGCACGGGACGCCGGCGACGUGCGCGCCCACGGCCUACUCGCGGCUGUUCAAGGCCGCGUGCCCGCGCGCCUACAGCUACGCCUACGACGACGCGACGUCCACGUUCACGUGCGCCGGCGGCAGUGCCGGCUACGGCGUCGUGUUCUGCCCCGCCGGCGGGUCGAGCUGCUCGAACACAAGCAUUUCCCAAGAUACAACAGGCCAGCUCAGUUUGAGCCCUGUAACAGCGAAACCCGCUCAUGAAGACCGUCUUGAGAUGAUCAUGGCGGCACAUACCCGCCACCUCACCACUGGAGACACCACUGGAUUGCAGAUAGAACAUCUGCAUUGGAAGCUUUUGGUCAAACUAAUCCAAGAAUAG